GGAAGUAGAACCCUACGCCUCCGCUGUUAUAUCUAAACGCAAACCCAAGGAAGAAGCCCUGGCCGCCCAGCUGCGUAGGGUUUUCAUUUUGUUGUCUUCGGCUUCCAACUUCUGAAGCAAAAACCCUAGCAAUGGCCGUGGGAAAGAACAAGAGGAUCUCCAAGGGCAAGAAGGGAGGGAAGAAGAAGGCGGCGGAUCCGUUCGCUAAGAAGGACUGGUAUGAUAUAAAGGCACCUGCGCCCUUCAAGACCAGAAAUAUCGGCAAAACCCUUGUUACCCGAACUCAGGGAACGAAGAUUGCAUCUGAAGGACUCAAGCAUCGAGUGUUUGAGAUGUGCCUUGCGGAUAUUAAUGACAAUGAUGAAGAUCAGUCCUACAGGAAGAUCCGACUGAGAGCGGAGGAUGUGCAGGGGAGGAAUGUCCUCACAAACUUCUGGGGUAUGGAUUUCACCACCGAUAAGUUGAGGUCAUUGGUUCGCAAGUGGCAGACUUUGAUUGAAGCUCAUGUUGAUGUGAAGACAACUGACAACUACAGUCUUAGGAUGUUCUGCAUUGCAUUUACUAAGAAGCGUACAAACCAGGUUAAGCGGACCUGCUAUGCUCAAUCCAGCCAGAUACGUCAGAUUCGCCGAAAGAUGAGGGAAAUUAUGAUAAACCAGGCAACUUCCUGUGACCUCAAGGAGCUGGUGGCAAAGUUCAUUCCUGAAUCUAUUGGGAGAGAAAUUGUUAAGGCCACUGCAAGCAUAUAUCCUCUACAGAAUGUUUUCAUCCGUAAAGUCAAGAUCUUGAAAGCUCCUAAAUUCGAUCUUGGAAAGCUGAUGGAGGUUUAUGGCGACUUUACUGAAGAUCUUGGUGUCAAGGUGGAGAGGCCAGCUGAUGAAACAAUGGCAGAGGAAACUGAAGUUGUUGGAGCAUGAAGUAAAGAAAAUCAUCUCUUGCAUUAAUUUUGGUUUUUUCAGAGACUUUCUCCUUUCAAUCUUCAAUGAGAAGUUUUUUUCAAUCUUUUUAGACAGUUUUGGGCAUUUUUAUUUUAGAUGGGGCUAGUGUGCUCUAAGAUAUGUUGUGAGAACAUAAAUAUUGCUAUUCGAGAAGAAGACCUUUUAUUUAAAUGCAUUUAAUAUUUUGUUUGUUCC